AUGAAGAUGAAGAUCAGCCUCCACAUACCCAGCUACUUGACGGUGCUCACGUGGUUCUACUGCCUCCUGAUCGGGCUGGUGACCGGCGCCGUGGCCUUCGCGGUCAGCGUGGGGGUGUCGUCAUUCUUCAAGGGCGUCUGGGCGGCCAUCGUGCAGGACAUUUUUUCCGAAGAGCCGGGCGGCGUGGGGGGCCUGGCGUGGGCGUACGCCAAGUUCGCGGCGGCCAACCUGGCGCUGGUGCUGAGCGGGGCCGUACUGGUGCUGGCCAUCGCACCCGUGGCGGCGGGCAGCGGCAUCCCCAACAUGUACGCCUACCUCAAUGGGAUCGACAUCCCGGACUUCCUCAACAUGCGCACGGCGGUGGCCAAGGUGCCCGCAAGCGUGCUGGUGGUGUCGGGCGGCCUGGCCAUAGGCAAGGAGGGGCCGCUGCUGCACAUCGGGUCCAUCAUCGCCACGUGGUUCGGCAACACACCGCUGUUCACGCGGAUGAAGGAGGCCAAGGACAAGGAGCCCUUCGCGUACGAGCAGCACACACGCGACUUGGUGCUGUGCGGAGCUGCAGCGGGGCUGGCCGCGGGCUUCAAGGCGCCGAUCGGAGGCGUGCUAUUCGCGAUGGAGAUGGCGUCGCGCUGGCGGCCCGAACUGACCUGGCGCUGCCUGUUCACGACGGCCGCAACGGCCACCGUGAUCCGGGCCAGCACCGCGUCGCUGAACAGCCACUUCCUGUUAGACAAGGGCGGCGAGUGCAAGCACAAGAACUGCGACAUCCUGUCCUACGGCUCCCUGCUCUCCUUCAGCGUCAACUUCACGAACAAGACGCCCUUCAGGGAGACUGGGCUGAUGAUCAUACUGGGCAUCCUGGGGGGGCUGUUGGGAUCCCUGUACACGACCCUGAACACGAUGAUGAUCGGGUCCAAGAGGUGGGGAUACAGGAACAAGACGUGGGCCAGGCUGCUGGACAUCGGGGCUGUGUCGGUACUCACGUCUGUGCUGAGGAUAGUGCUGCCCUGGAUGGGGCAUUGCCUGCCCAAGAAGGCUUGCGAUGACUGUCCCAGCGUCGCCCCGGGCGCCGCUGAGCUGCAGUCAUUCGUGAACUAUGGCUGCGACGAGGACAGCUACAACGACCUGGCCGCCCUUAUGUUCAACCCGCAGGGCUUCGUGGCGAAGAUGCUCUUCCAGGAGGAGAUGCUCCGCUUCACGGGCACCAGUCUGUUCAUCUUCACGUUGUUCUAUUACUUGAUGGCAGUGCUGGCGUACGGCGGGCCCAUACCCGCGGGUUUGUUCACGCCUUCGCUCAUCACGGGUGGGGCUUUGGGGCAGCUGUUUGCAUGGUCUGUGAACAAGAUGUUCGGGAUGAACCUGGACUUGGGCCUGUAUGCGUUCCUUGGGGCGGCCUCUCUGCUGGGCGGCAUGUUCAGGUUUGCAGUUAGCUUCUGUGUUGUGCUGGUGGAGCUGUUUGAGUCUGACGCUCAGAUCCCAUUCCUAAUACUGGUGCUGGUCUUCGCCAAGGGGGUGGGGGAUCGAAUCAACCAGAGCAUCCUGAACCACUUGUGCAUCCUUCUUGGCCUGGAGUAUGUUGGCGGCCACCCAGACUCGACCAUCCGCAGAAAGGGCUUUAAGGCUAAGGACAUUGCUGCCAAGAACAUCCCCAAGCUCCAUCCCAUGGACUCGAUGGAGAACAUCAACAAAGCUUUGGAUGCGGAUGAGCAUGGUGUAUUCCCGAUCGUGAGACACACCUAUUUGCGUGGGUCCUCACACAGCAGCGCCCCUGUGGAGAACUUCAUUGGGAUGGUGAGCAGAGAAGACCUCGAACAACAUUUAGAAAAGUUGCAGGAGGAGCAGGAGGGGGAGGACAGUGACCCGGAGGCACCGACUUUUCUGCUCAGCGAGCGCCUGGAUGCUUCGGUGGACCUCACGAGCUUGAUCCAGCUCCCGCCGGUGGUUUUGCCACCCGAAAUGCCUCUGACGACUGUGUUCAGACUGAAGAAUGCCAGCGGCAUUGAGUAUCUGCCCGUUGUGGGGACACAUGGGCCGCUGCAGGGCCUCAUCUCACGCCACGAGUUGGUGGACGCCCAGAACAAGCACGUGGAUCCACAUAACUUGCAGCAGAGGCUGGACAUACUGACCAAGGAACCCUUCCUCGCUCGGGCAGCCGCCUUGUCGCAUAUCUACCAUGACGUGACGGUACCCCUAUUGGGUGACGCCCAUCUGAGGAGGAGCAUGAGUGGGAGGAGGAACCUGCGGCGUUGCUCCAGCGUGUUUUGA